AUACACGUGUAUACACGUGUGACGAUACUGACAAUCGGUGUCAUCGAUGAUAAUCUUCAAUAAUCUUGUGAAUGGCUCUUUAGCAUUGUUUGGUGAAACCCGGUAAAAACAUUAAUUCACCUCGUGUAUAUUUUUUACUCGCGAAAAUAAACACACGUCGUCUUAUCAGUGAUAAAGAUGACGUAUCUGAGUUCGUGGGAAGAAUUCGAAAGAGGCGCCGAGAGGUUAUACCUGCAGGAUCCGAUGAACACUCGAUAUACGAUGAAGUAUUGUCACAGUAAAGGAGUUUUAUGUCUAAAGUUAACAGAUAAUCGACGGUGCCUCCAAUAUAGAACAGAAAUAGCUCAGGACUUAAAGAAAAUGGAAAAGUUCAUAGGCAAUCUCAUGAGACACAUGGCAUCCAAAGACAUUUAAAUAAGAUUUGUAUGUAAGGAAUAUGUUUAUCAUGGAGACUAAAACAUACUACUUUUA